AGGGGUGAAAGGUUAAAGCCUGGGUUUGGAUGAUCAAGCGGGGUGCAGAGCAUUGAAGCACACUCGCUUUUGUCCGUAUUCGCUUGUUCUGUAAGCAGUUGAUUUGCUGAUAAAUCAGCUAACGCAUAUCUAAGUGUGUAUUCAGAGUAACUUAAUGGCUGAGAGACCAGAGGACCUCAAUCUUCCCAAUGCUGUCAUCACGCGCAUUAUAAAGGAGGCAUUGCCAGAUGGUGUUAACGUGUCCAAGGAAGCAAGAAAAGCGAUAUCUCAAGCAGCCAGUAUUUUCGUCCUCUAUGCAACAUCUUGUGCAAACAAUUUUGCCAUGAAAGCAAAAAGGAAGACUCUGAACGCUGGAGAUGUGAUGUCAGCUAUGGAGGAGAUGGAGUUCGAGCGCUUCCUGCAGCCCCUGCGGCAAGCACUUGAAGCUUACAAGAAAGGUCAGAAAGGCAAGAAGGAGGCAUCUGAGCAAAAACGUAAGGAGAAGAAGAACAUCACAGAUGAGAAUGACAAGAGUAGAGAUGAAGAGGAGGACGAGCACAUGGAUGAUGAGCAGGAGGGAGAGAAUGAAGGAGAGGAAGAGGAUGUGGAGAACUGAGAUGAAACGGGAUUGUUUAAUUGUUCAAUCCGUCCUGGUUUCCAUCAACUUUGGCAAAUGGCAGUUUCCACAUUAACAGUGGGACAAAGACAAGCCUAUGGUACUGAAUGGGUUUUACUUCAUGAAAUUGAACAAUUGUACAAAAAUAACUGGAAACAUUCCUGCAGAGAGCUCCUUUGAAUUCAGUAAGGUAUAUUUCAAGAGAAACUGUACAUUGUCUCUUCAAACUCACUUUAAUCAGUUAGAUACAACACAUUAGUGGCCGUAGGAUUUUGAGCAAAUGAAUGUACUGUUACCUGGGUCAAGAAAUGGGGGAAGACGUGAUGUUAAUGAAUUAGGAUGAGAAAUAAAAGGUGAGCAUCUUGAAGUACUCAUUUUGUUAACAAAGUUCAGCUGUUAUUAAACAUUUUAUACUACGCCAGUUUUUACUUUCCAGUUUUAAAUGUCAGGCUUUUGUUCUAGGGCAACACAUACCUAAGCUUACAUACUUUUGUACUGCGUCUUUGAACAACUUGGGAAUAUUUGAGUAGAUUAGCUAUUUUUUCAAAUAAAUGAUUUAAUGCUUUCA